GAUAUUGGCAGUUUUACUACCAGUAACCACUAAAGAACACAAAAAGUAUAAAUAAACAUGGUAUACAGACAAGAAAAAAGAUUACCAAAGCCACAGAAAUGAAUAAUCAAAUGCUCUCUGAAAAACAACUUAAUUUUGCUCGUAUAGCAAUUGUCUGUUUGGAUAUUUUAAAACUUCCACUCCAAGACACACUGAAUAUUUUCAUCAAACCAAAAGACUUGGACACACAUAUAAAUAAUUGUACUUCUUUAUGUACGGGAAACACAAGACUUAAUCCGGAUCAAAAGAGAAAAUGUCGUAAUGGCCCAAAUGGUAAACCUGAUUACAAACAAUUUGAUGUAACGUUGUGUUACAAGCUGAUAAGAAAUGUAUGUUCGUUACCAGAACCACAAAAUAAAUGGGGACAUAAACCAAAUCCAACGCACCAGGACAUCAGUGAUGACAUCGAACGUAUCAGAGAAUUCAGAAACAGACACUUUGCGCACGCCGAAUGUGCAGAAAUAUCUGACAAUGAAUUCAAAGAUCUUUGGAAAGAAGCAGAGUCUAUAAUAAAAAGAUGUCAAAUAUAUACUACAACAAAAAAUGGAUGUCGACAAGACUACGAAAAGAUGCUAAAAGAAAUAAAUAGAACUAAACUAACCAUUGAAGAGUACACUUCCGUAAAAGAACGGUCCAAUGCAAUUUAUAUAAUGGGAGAGGAAGAGGUGUGUUACGAAAAAACUGCACACUUUGAAGCAGUAGUGAAUCUAGAGGAAGAUGUUUUAUUGCAAGUCAGCUGGGAAAGAAGAACUAGUUAUGGAUGUAAAGAGAUUGACAUUGAUAGCACGAAGUACAAGGGGAGUAACAAUAGAGAACUUUUUGUUCACGACUUGUGUAAGAAAGAUGAGGCAAGAUACCGGGCAGUUCUUUCAAGAAGUCAAAACAAUAAAAUAUACAGCAAUGAAGUGUAUCUACGUGUAUUAGGAGAAAAACCAUUUCUAGAAGACUUGAAAGUGACGUCGGAAAACAAUGAAGUCAAAAUUCACUAUCAAUUUAGUGUCCCAGUAAAAUCUCCGAAUGUCACUGACAUACAAUGGGAAAAGAAUGGAUCUUCUUUGGAUCUGAAAAACAGCAAAUAUUUGGGAGGAAGUUAUAAGGAAAAUUUUUUGAUAAUAAAAUGUCCAGAGGAAAAAGACAGUGGGUCAUAUACAUGUAGAGUUAUUAAUGCUGCUGGUUCUGUGACAAAACAAACAGUUUUAGGAAUUCCGAGUGCAAUUAUAGAGGCUAACAAAGAAAUUGUAUUUGGGUCAAACAGUACAUUAAAGGGUACAAUAACAUCGUGCCCUUCUCCUGUAAAAGUGGAAUGGUUGUAUAGUGUUGAUGGAUUAACCUUUCUUCCAAUUGACAUCAAUUCGACUAAACACCAUGGGAGCAGCGUUGAUGCAACUUCUCCAAAACUACUUAUAUCUGAUGCCGAUUUAAGUCACCAACAAUAUUAUAGAAUUUCUGUGAAGAAUUUAAUUGGAGAGUGCACGAGUAACAACAUAUUUCUACAAGUAAUUGGAAACCGACCCUUUAUAACUUCAGGAAGAAGUUGUUUAAUAGGUGGAUCAAUCAACUUAAGUUUUAAUAUCAAUGUUUCGGAAGAAUCGCCUCCAGUUGAGUCUGUUAAAUGGACAAAGAACGGAAAAAAGCUGAAAAUUGAAAACAGUGCAGGAAAAUAUUCAGGAGGGAACGUCGAUAACCCAUCACUGACAAUCAACAGGGUAAAUAAAUACGACGCUGGUAUUUACAGACUUAAAGCCAUCAACCCUGUUGGGGGUACAACGAGUGAUGAAAUAAUAUUAGGUAAAUAUAUGUAA